AUGGUCCUAUAUCCGCUGCCUGAAUUUGAUGAGAAGCUAAUAUCUGCUAGGAAGUAUGAUCGACCGUCUUACACUCUCAGCACCUUUAUUCCGCGACACACCACCAAGUUCUAUAUUGCCCUCCAUGCGCUUAAUGUCUCGUUGUCGAUGAUACCGGAAACGACAUCUGCACAUACAAUUGGCUUGAUGAGAUUACAAUUCUGGAGAGACACGGUCACACGGACACUUGCUGGAACUCCGCCCAAGGAGCCCAUUGCUAUUCUCCUUGCCUCUGCGCUGUCGGAUCUUCAUACCCGCACUCAAGGCAAGGCGAAGAUAAGCAAAGGAUGGCUAAUGCGGCUGAUUAACGCUCGAGAACAACAUCUAACACAUACGGCGUAUCCAAACCUGGCAUCCCUAGAGUCGUAUGCCGAGAACACAUACUCUACGCUUAUGUAUCUAACGCUCAGCGCAUUGCCUCUCACCUCCUUGACGGCAGACCAUAUAGCGUCACAUAUCGGUAAAGCAGCAGGUAUCACUGCCUUGCUUCGCGGGGUACCACUAGUUGCAUUCCCACCGCCCCCCAAUCAUCAUUCAAGCCAGACUCGGAUAGGUAAGGAGGGAGCAGUGCCAGGAGAGAGUAGACAAGGCUCGGUUAUGCUACCGCUUGAUAUUAUGGCAGAGUCAGGAGUGAAAGAGGAGGAUGUUUUUAGGCAUGGUGCUGACGCACCCGGCCUGAGAGACGCUGUGUUCACCGUUGCAACACGGGCCAGUGAUCAUUUAAUCACAGCCAGACAGAUGUUGAAGAACCUCCGGGCCGGCGAGGACGUAGGGCACGACUUUGAACAUGAGGGAGAAGAAGGGCAUGAAUAUCACGACUCACACGAGGCGUACCAGUAUCGACCAGACGACCAGCAGGCCAAGAGCACAAGCCUGAAUACGCAGCUACGCGAGGUCGAGCGAGGAUUUGGAGUUUUGCUACCGGCGGUUUCCACCGGCCUUUGGCUGAAUAACCUGCAAAAGGUAGAUUUUGAUAUAUUUAAACCGGAGCUUCUCUCAACAGACUGGAGACUGCCGUGGAAAGCAUACUGGGCCUUCCGACGGCGAGAAUUUUGA